GACAAAAUACACUAUUAAAAAAACUAAAAAAAAUUAAAAACUGUUAUUUCACUUAAUGAUAUAAUGCCAAUACAUAACAAGCGACAAGUAAAUCAGGUUAAGUUUAGAGUCCCACCGGAAGAACGAUUAAAUACAGCUGUAAGUUCGUCAACUUUUGACAAAUCAUCUGGACAUCACCAGGACAACUUAAAAGGGAUUGCGAUUAGCAAGGAGAAAAACAAGGACAGGCUCAGUAGAAAAACUGAAAAGCAGAGUGAACAUGGCCUAAUAUCAUGUUUGAUUACCAGUUCCCCAGAUCUUCGAAUGGGUGGAGGUGAAAAUGAUCCAGCUCAGCGACAUGUUGGAAAAUUACCUCGUACCGACAGCGAAUGUCAGUUUCAAGCUCCGGGAUAUCAUUUUCUUACCAAACGAGAACCAAGUGUAAAAACUCAAGAGGUCAAGAUGAGUCCCAGCAUAGUUAUGAAAAAGGAAUUGAAACACAAAUGCAAUUUUUUCGCUGAACUUGAAGACACGCAACCUUUUAAAAACAAAAUCACCCAGACGCUCUACAGGGAAUCCUCUGCGCAGACCAUGAGUUUUUUGCCGGAAGUUCGUUAUGCAGACAAAAACAAAACCUUGGAGCUAUUUUCCCUACCAUCUGUGUUGCCUGGAUCAAGUCCACCAGGACUUCACGAGGUCGAGGUCCUGGAGCGUGCCAGAAAGCGAUGGGCCUUCAGUGAUGCCCUGAAGAUACACUUCAAAAGACUCCUUAAUGAGGCGAAGAAAGUGGCUUUAAAUACCGAGUACAAGGAGAUCUUGAAUGCCUUCGAGUGGGAGCAGUGGAUACAGCGGGAGGAGGACAUACAGGAGUGCCAGAUGAUGCGGCUCGAGAUCGUGAUCAAGAUGUUUGACAAGAGGGAGAAGGAGAUGCAUGCCGCCUCAAAGUCGAGAAUUGAAAAGGCGUGCGAGAGAAUCGAGAAACGUCGGGAGGCGGGUUUACGAAAAAACGAAAUCGAGUUCAAGCGGGGCAUGCGUCGUUUGGAUUUCCAAGUUGCGAAAACUUCGCGCAAAUGGGAAAAGCAAAGCCCAAUGCAUUCUUUGGGAUCCCCGUGCUCCGAAUUCUAUGCCCCGCUUUUAAGAUACGGCGUCGAUCCGGCACGUCGAAAUUAUGUCUCAAAAAUUGGACAAAAGGCCUUCGACAUGAGGAUCGACGAACUGGAGAAGAAAGUCAACAUUAGCAGCCUUAAAUGUCCAUUUAGAAAGCUGAAGGACUGGUCCAAGCCCAAGAAAUAUGAAAAAGAAUAUGAGCGGAACUUCUGCAAUGAUGACAAUCUGCAAAAGCUCUUCGAAAGCCUAAAGGCCCUUCGAACUCAGGCCGCCAAGGAGAAAGAAGAGCCCAAAUGCCUGAGAAAGCGAUGGAAGCCAACAAUUACUAAAACGCCAUCCCAAAUGAGCCUGGGACAUCUAACUUACGUCUUCCAAGUCCAGUCCAAAUCAAUUAUUGAAGGACCGGGCAAUGCAGAAGCCAAUGACAAGUGGUCUGCUUUCGUUGAGGAAGAGAAAAUCCGAAAUUCAGCAACCGUGAUUGCGGAUUUGAAGAGCGAUAGAAAGAAAGAGAACAUGGAGCACCUCUUGAACAUCUACGAGGGCACCUACAUUGGAUGGGUGAUGCAGUUCCUCUCGGAGGAGAUGACUCGUCUCUCCGAGCUGCGCCGGCUCCACUUCUUCUCGAUUAUGGCCCAAAAGGAACGCUGGCGACGCGAGGCAGCCGAAGCUGGUUUGAGACAGAGGGAGAACGACAUGAGAUUGAUGUACGAGGAGAUGUUCCAGCAUUGCAAUGUGGUCAACAAUGAUGUCUCCAAUAAAUAUAUCAGCACCAUUCUGAACUCAGACAUGUACAAUAUGGCCGAGGGCGAGGCUACCGAGACCGUAAGUGAAUUAGCCAAGCAAAUCGAUGCGAAUAUUGAGCGCUGGUUGGAGAGCUUCAAGCUGAUCGAGAACCCCCUAACAUAUGUUCCCCUACGGCUGAUGCUAAACGACAUGGUAUCGCCCAAUAUGGAAGAUGCCCUCCAGUGCUAUGAGUCCUUCCUGAUUGCGCAAUACGUGGUGGAGGAUGUGAUCUUUCCAAGAGUGUGGGAUGAACUAGAUCCAUUUGACAUAGCCAGCACAUUAACGAGCGAUCUCAUUGAUCGCCUGAUCGACAACGAUUUAUAUCUCUUGUCCACGGACAGUGAAAGGGAAAUCCCUCAACGAUCCUCCUGGUGUGAGGCCCAUGCCAUUAUUAGAAAGCUCAUCCGACAGGCAGUACCCGGAAGACGUUGGCUAGAGACAAAUGAGCGCAUUGUUACCGAGAACUAUAACGAUCUUUUUGACGACAUAUUCGCCAGAAUUAUACAAGAUAUGGAAAAUCCUCCAUGCGUCAACCCCAACGAUUUAAUCGAUCUGCAUAUGACUGUUUCUCAAAAUGCCAUUCGAAGCUCGGACAAUAUUCGAGAAAAGGAAAUUUUUGAUUUCGGAAAUUUUAAUUCACUGCCAGGAUCCGACUUUUUACGAAAGCAAACGUUGACCUUGAUGAAAAAAUUCAAAGUCGACAAUAUAACAAGACUAUUAGAAAACGUUGAUGAUAUACCAGUGGAAGACCGGCCAUCUAGUAGCGAUGAGUUUAUAAAAUCUCAAAUGAUUAAUCCCAUUAGCAAUCUACAAAGGAAGCCAAGUGAAGUUUUCAGUAUAAAAAGCACUCUUGAUAUUUCUGAAAUCUUUGAUUUUUCACCAUUUAAAGGUAGAGGCUAUAGAGUAUUGCUCCCCAACGGUGAAGAAAAAAAUGCUGAUAUUGGUAUAUUGGAAUUUCUUCAAAAAGAGGACGAUGAAGAAGAAAAAUUGGAAUUAGCCAACAGGCUUAAGGAAAAUAAAAUGAAUAAGGAUAUAGAAAUAGAGGAAGAGGAUGUGCCAGAUAUUGAUUCGCCAAGAGUCUCGUUUCAUCAAAUGUUCACGCAACCAUCUAAAUCACUUGAUAAUCAAGAGGAGUUUAAAAUCGAACAAAAAGAAUUAAAGAUGGAUUCAACGAAAAAGAAAUUUGAACAAAUUGAUUAUACUUCCAAUGAAUUGGAACAAAUGGAUUCAUUUCCCAAAAAAUCUGAGCUUAUGGACUCAACUCCUACAGAAUUGAAAGCAACUGUUGACUCAACUCCUACAGAAUUGAAACCAACUGUUGACUCAACUCCUAAGAAGUUGAUUUCCAUUUCCCCAGAUUCCAAGGAUUUGAAAUCCAUUGAUUCAAUUACCCAGGAAUUGGAACAAUUUGAAGGAGCAGCGAAUGAACCGGAAUCGGAACUGGAAGCCGAAUUCACAUCCGAACUCAGUUCUGAACCUAGCUCCAAACCCAUGGUCCACACUUCCGUAUCCUUCAUUCCACCCGUACGUUCAUCGGGGUUGAAAACUUUGAAGCCAUCGGGUAGUUUACUUAAACCUGAUCAAGAUAAAAUCAAAAAAUUAAAGGAUAAAAAGGAUAAGCCCGAAUCUCAAGAGGAUGAAGAAAAUGAGGAAAAAAGACAUCUGGGCUCCUUAGGCUCCCACUUCAAUACUGCCCUUGACGCUGAGAUCCCCAUUCAAACAAGUGACGAUCAUUUACCCUUAAAUAAAAAUACCGUAGAAAACGCAAGUAGAAGAGUCUCAGAUUCUGCAUCAUAA